GAGCAACCUCAUUGGAAGGUGUGAUAGAGAGAUACUCAAUCUACGAGGUGAUCGACGAUCAGGGCUACAGGCAACAAUUCAGUACGAGAGACCAACUUCGUGAGAGCAAAUAUUCCCGCUACUCUGUAGCGGGUUUUGUAAAUUUUUCGACCUUGAUUGAAUGCGUUUGAUGACAAGGUCCUCUAUUAUUGCCAAUUCGGGAUAACCCAGGGUCCUCCCAACAAUUUCACUUAUACUACACCACUCUCAUGCCGCUUACUCUGCCUUCUCCCCCUCCUCUUUGUACUAUCGUUCCACUUCGCUGCUUCUCUCAUGCUUUCCGGACCACUGCUACCUUCCAGUUCCUCCACCGACGUCACCACUCCCUGGUCUUACAGCCUUUUGCCACCUGCCAAAUUGCCAUCUUCUCACCAGUUGAUUCCCCUUGCUGAAAACCACGGUGUUUCUUUCAACAUUUGCACUGUGUCGCAUAUUCGUGACCGUUUACUUGCGCAUAUUCUGUUUGGUGACUGUUACCAAAUUCCCAUCGGGCUUGCCCCUUUCCCCGCGUGUGUCCACCUUUGCACCCGAUUUCCGGAUUAUGACAGAUAUCUUCAUGAUGUACUUACCUUUUUGCUCUCCUCUGCGAUGACAUUUAUAACAAACCUGAAG